CGCAGUUGCCCGCCUCAAAUUUCCCUCGGGACCAGAGGACUACAUUUCCCAGAAUGCCGAGAGGGCGUGGCAGGAAGUCCCGUGUCUUUCGGUUUGGCAGGAGGACGGGGAGGGGGGUAGAGGCUGCCGCUACCGCCGCCAGUGUUGGGUGCGCGUUUGUCAUGGCGCUGGAGACGCUCUCGCCGGAGUGGGACUUCGACCGCGUCGACGACGGCUCUCAAAAAAUCCAUGUUGAAGUGCAAUUGAAGAAUUAUGAGAAAUUCCUUGAAGCAUAUACUUCCCAGCUGAAGAGAAUUGAAGAUGCACUGGAUGACUCUGUAGGAGAUGUUUGGGACUUCAAUCUUGAUCCCAUUGCAUUAAAUCUUUUGCCUUAUGAACAGUCUUCCUUACUUGAACUCAUAAAGACAGAAAAUAAGGUUCUAAAUAAAGUUAUCACUGUGUAUGCUGCCCUUUGCUGUGAAAUCAAAACUUUAAAACAUGAGGCAGAAACAAAAUUUUACAAUGGCCUCUUGUUUUAUGGAGAAGGAAGUAUGGAUUCCAGUAAGGUGGAGGGAGAUAGCCAAAUACAGAUGGGAAGAUAUAUUUCAUUUUUACAGGAGCUCUCUUGUUUUGUGACCCGGUGCUAUGAAGUAGUGAUGAAUGUAGUUCACCAGCUGGCUGUCCUUUAUACCAGUAACAAAAAUGCACCCAAAGUUAUAGAAACAUCAGGAGUUCAUUUUCAGGCUGUGUAUGAGCAUCUGGGGGAACUGCUGACAGUUUUGCUUACUCUGGAUGAGAUAGUGAAUAACCAUGCCACCCUGAAAGAUCACUGGACUAUGUACAAAAGGUUACUAAAAUCUGUCCAUCACAAUCCUUCUAAAUUUGGAAUACAGGAAGACAAAUUGAAACCGUUUGAAAAGCUGCUAUUAAAACUUGAAAGUCAACUAUUGGAUGGAAUGAUAUUCCAGGCUUGUAUAGAACAGCAGUUUGAUUGCUUUAAUGGUGGACUGACAGUGUCGAAGAAUAGCACUUUUGCUGAAGAGUUUGCAUAUAGUAUUCGCACAAUUUUUGCAAACAUUGAAGCUAAACUUGGUGAACCUUCAGAAAUUGACCAGAGAGAUAAAUACGUAGGAAUUUGUGGGCUGUUUGUACUGCAUUUUCAGAUUUUUCGGACUGUAGACAAGAAAUUUUACAAAUCGUUACUGGACAUUUGCAAAAAGGUGCCAGCCAUCACACUUACUGCUAAUAUUAUUUGGUUUCCUGACAAUUUUCUGAACCAAAAGAUGCCAGCUGUUGCCAAGCUUUUGGAUAAGAAAAGUUUUCAGUCCAUUAAGUUACAAAGAGAAAGUUUCUUACAGCAGAAGGCUCAAUCACUUACCAAGGAGAUGCAGUCAUAUUAUGUGUUUGUUAGUUCAUGGAUGAUGAAAAUGGAAUCUAUAUUGUCAAAAGAUCAACACACAGAUAGGUUUGCAGAAGAUCCAACCAAUAGGUGCAAUGUUUUUAUACAGGGAUUUCUGUAUGCUUAUAGUCUUAGCAACAUCAUUAAAACAACAAUGAAUCUGCAUAUGUCCAUGCAAAAGCCAAUGACUAAAACCUCAGUUAAGGCGUUAUGCAGGCUUGUGGAGCUACUCAAAGCAAUAGAACAUACGUUUUACAGACGAAGUAUGAUUGUUGCAGACUCAGUGACGCACAUAAUUCAGCAUCUUCAGCAUCAGGCUCUCAGUGCUAUUGCUGUAGCCAAGAAAAGAGUCAUUUCUGACAAAAAGUACAGUGAACAGCGCCUUGAUGUACUCUCUGCUCUUGUGCUGGCUGAAAACAUCCUCACUGGUCCUAGCACAAAACAGAGGAGGCUCAUUGUUUCCCUUGCCCUCAGUGUGGGCACACAAAUGAAAACAUUCAGAGAUGAAGAACUCCUUCCUCUUCAGGUGGUUCUGAAAAAGAUGGCCUUAAUCAGUGAGCUUAGGGAGCGAGUCCAAGCACAGUGUGACUGUUCCUUCUUGUACUGGCACAGAACAGUGUUUCCAAUUUAUUUGGAUGAUGUAUAUGAAAAUGCAGUUGAUGCUGCUAGGUUACAUUACAUGUUUAGUGCCUUACGAGAUUGUGUACCAGCUAUGAUGCAUUCAAGACACCUGGAAUCAUAUGAGAUUCUUCUGGAAAGCUAUGACAAAGAAAUUAUGGAUGUUUUAAAUAAGCACCUUCUGGACAAAUUAUGCAAAGAAAUAGAAAAGGACCUGCGGCUCUCUGUGCACACACAUUUAAAGCUGGAUGACAGAAAUCCAUUCAAAGUCGGCAUGAAGGACCUGGCUCACUUCUUUACUUUGAAUCCUAUUCGAUUUUUCAAUCGGUUCAUAGAUAUCAAAGCUCAUGUGACACAUUAUCUAGAUAAGACAUUCUACAAUCUUACCACAGUGGCUCUGCAUGACUGGGCCACAUAUAGUGAAAUGAGGAAUUUAGCCACUCAGCGCUAUGGUUUGAGCAUGACAGAAGCACAUCUUCCAAGUCAGACUUUAGAACAGGGCCUUGAUGUUUUGGAAAUUAUGCGGAAUAUCCAUGUAUUUGUAUCCCGAUACCUCUACAAUCUUAAUAAUCAGAUCUUCAUUGAGAGAAUCAGCAAUAACAAGCAUUUGAACACCAUUAAUAUAAGACACAUUGCUAAUUCGAUCCGAACUCAUGGCACAGGAAUCAUGAACACAACAGUGAAUUUCACGUACCAGUUUCUCAGAAAGAAAUUUUAUAUCUUUAGCCAAUUCAUGUAUGAUGAGCACAUCAAAUCCAGGCUGAUCAAAGAUAUCAGGUUCUUUAGGGAAGUUAAAGAUCAAAAUGACCACAAGUAUCCUUUCGAGAGAGCAGAGAAAUUCAAUCGGGGGAUCAGAAAACUUGGAAUUACACCUGAUGGACAAAGUUACCUCGACCAGUUCAGGCAAUUAAUAAGUCAGAUAGGAAAUGCAAUGGGCUAUGUACGAAUGAUAAGAUCUGGUGGCCUUCACUGUUGUAGUAGUGCAAUCAGGUUUGUUCCUGAUCUUGAGGACAUUGUUAAUUUUGAAGAACUUGUGAAAGAAGAAGGUCUGUCCGAAGAAACACAAAAAGCAGCCAGGCAACUGGAUGCUGUUCUUGGUGAUCUGACACGCAACUCUGCAGAAGGCACAGAAUACUUCAAAAUGUUGGUGGACGUGUUUGCUCCUGAAUUUCGGAGUCCAAAGAACAUGCAUCUACGGAACUUUUAUAUAAUUGUUCCACCACUGGCUCUCAACUUUAUAGAACAUUCGAUCAGCUGCAAAGAGAAGCUGAACAAAAAGAACAAAGCUGGUGCAGCCUUCACUGAUGAUGGUUUUGCCAUGGGUGUCGCUUACAUUCUGAAACUUUUAAACCAGUAUCAAGAAUUUGACUCCCUUCAUUGGUUUCAGUCAGUCCGAGAGAAGUAUGUCAGGGAGAUCAGAGCAUUAGCAAAGCAACAGAAUAUCCAGUCGGCUAGUCAAGAUGAGAAGCUGCUACAGACUAUGAACCUUACUCACAAGAGACUGGAAGUUUGUUUGCAGGAGUUUGAACUGCUUCAUUUCUCACUAAGCAGUGCAAGGAUCUUUUUCAGAGCAGACAAAACUGCGGCAGAAGAAAAUCAAGAAAAAAAAGACAGAGAAGAAGAAAGUGGAAGACCAAGCAACGGGGAUCUGCCCAACUCUACUUCUGCAGAGCCUAUUGUGAAAUGAUAGCCUGGGUAUAUGUUUUCUCUGUUUAUCCUAGUGCCAUUUCAGGGCUAUAAACUGUGAAUAUACAGUUAAACUUUUAAAUUCUGCAGCAGCUGAGAAAAUAAGAGGAUGUACUUCUAGCAUUAUUAGGGAGCACUUUCAUCCCCUCCACCCAUGCAACAGUUUUGAUGUGAUGAUCAAGUAAAACUAAAAAUUAGAUCUGGAUGGAUAUAGUGCAACUAUUUUCAGCAUCUUGGGCAAGUGUUCAAUUGUUUAAAUUGCCCUUAGUUAUGGUAUCAUGCUGGUAUUUAGCACUGUGAUACCAGUCUGAACUAGCAUCAGCUAUGGGAGAGGUAACAGUGUUGAGCAGGAGAUGCUAGUUGAUGCCACUUCAGGACUAAUAUGGCAGUACUAAAGACCAGUUUGAUAUCAUCAUGAAGAGCAAUUUAAAUAAAGCAUAUCCUUUCCAAGUAUGUUUUCUUACCCAUCAAGAUAUGCUGAACCAAAAACAGAACAGCAGAUAGGCAGUGUUUCCUGAUCUGUUGUCUUCUCAGUUUAUUAAAGUCACUGUCAUGCUUGCCAUUCUUUAAGAUGAAUAGUAAGAAUUAAUUAAUUUGUUAAUUCCAGAGCUUGAAGGGUUACUUUCAGAACUAAUUCAUUAGUUACAAUUACAAGUCCCCAAAGGUUGCCAGUUAUUGCUAUGGUUAGUUUUAACUGUAGUCUUUAUUCUUUCUCAAAAACCAAAUACUGCAAUCCCUUGACUUGUGUCUCAGAACCCUGCUAUCUCAACACCCACUGUUUAAUGUGGCUGUGUCUCCACAAUUAUAAAAGGUUAGUUGCACUGCAGAAGUUAGUUGCACUGCAGAAGUUAGUUGUACUGCGUUGUCCCUUGCUAUGUCAUAGCCACAAUGUGUUUAAUGAAACCUUUGUUACUGGGGGAAGGAACUAGUAAUUUGUAACUAGUUAAACCUAAUUGUGGUUAAAAAUGGAUUGUUGUUCCGCUGUGUCCUUCUGCCAGUACAACAAACAGCAUAUGCAGAACAGAUUUGCCCUCUUGUCUUGCAGACCCUCAGGAAUAGAUAUGGGGCUCUGGGGGGCGGGGAAGGGGAGAGACAGUACUCACUCAGACAGAAUAUGCAAAACAUGUUCCACUCACGUUCUCCUUUCUGUUAUGUAUGAACCUAGAGCAAUGGUUAUUUGCUGCACGUGAUGAAAUCAAACUGGCAUGGAACUUUUUCAACUUCAGAAAUGGCAGUGACUGGGAAGUGCGGAAAAACCCAUCAUUUACCAUUCAUCCUUUCUGCUUGAGUUUUGCUAAAGAAUGCAUUUUGGCUUAAUGUACAGUUUGGGGUGGAGAGACAUUUGCUGUUUUAUGUUUUCAUAGCAACUUCACAGUUGUUUUUAUAAAUUCUCUUGAAUUGAAUUGAAAUGAGAUAAACAUACAUCAUUUGUUGUAAUGUUGCUUAUUUUCUCCUUACGUCCCUGUUUCAAAAUCUGUCAUAGUCUGUAGACCUCUGGAAUCCAAAGAAACUGCCAACUUAGAGGGCCAACUUCUGUCUUUUAAUUCUUGACCCUGUACAAAUGUGUAAAUUUAAAGCUGUAAAGUUUUGUUUUAUUUUUGGCUGCUUAUUUGAAUGAAACCUGAGAUUAGGGCAUACAUGUGCCUGAACUGUACAGUAUUAAACUAACAGCCUUAGUUCUACACUUUAAACAUCUUGUCUCCACCUGGGUCUUAACUCACAUAUACUGCUUUUGUGAAUAUAUACAUAUGUGCAGUCAUAUAGCUUUGUUUAUGAAUAUAGGAUAGUAUUCUGAACACCUCUCAUGCUAUAGAACCAAUUAAUAUUUCCAGUUUAGUCCUGAAGCAGGUUGUGGUACAUUUCUACAAAAAACAUAGGCUUCAGUUUAGAUUAUGGUUUCCCUAGCUGCUACACAUAUGUGUGUUACAUUAAAACUGGAAAUCACAAUCUUAUUGAAGUAUGUGAAUAAGGAAAAGCUUAGGAAGGCGAUUAGGUUUAGUUUACUGAAAUGCUCUAUAAGUAUUAUUUUUCUGCCACCCCACCUUUACUAAUCUGUCUUCAAGCAUGAAGCAGUAAAUACAGCUAUAUUUUCAUACUACUUUGUUUAUGAAAGCUAGAAAUAAAGGGGAUGCUUCUUUGACUUAAGAUCCUUUAUUUCCAUGUGGUAUGUAAUAGAAAAUAAAUCCUCAAACUGUCUUAAGUGGAAGAAAAGUCAACCCAGAAGGCUCCCUUAGCAAUUAUGUGAUCUUAUUUCAGAAAAACAUUUGAGUUCAUCAGGCUUAUCAGGAGUGAUCAAUGGGCCAAAACAGCAAAGCCAUCAAUAUUUGUAUACUUGAACUUCUGACUGAGGUGCAAAUUAGAGGUCCUGUUGCAUGUUGUCAUUCUGUAAGUUGACCAGUUCCAUCUGAAAGCUAUGUUCAAAUGCUCAGGAAUGAAGGGGACCAAAUAUAACAUGUCAUUUAACAAAAAGACUGUUACCUCAGUUUUCGUUCUGUCAGAUAUUGUGUAUGUAAUAAAUGUAACUUUGGAAAGUA